AUGGAUAAAGGUAGCUGGAAACACUCCCUGCUGCUGGCUGUGGUGUUAGCCAGCACGUAUGCAGAAGCUUCAUUUUCCUGGCACAUGGAUGACUUCAUCCAGGCGGUGAAGCAGGUGGAGGACGGGGUCCCGGGGUCGGGUCCUGUGGCCGUGUUGAAGCGCCUCCGCCAUGCAGCCGGACUCAACGACGCCCUCAUCCAAUACUUCCUUCGUGCGGCAGACUCCGGUGGUGCUGAAAUGGACGUGAGCCUCUUGUCUUUCAUUACCAAGGCUGUGCACCACAGGGUGACGGAGGAGAAUCAAGAGGAAGGCGUGGUUCUGACGCCCGAUGGCACCACCGUGGCAUUAACACCGCUCCUCCUGGGCCUCGAGGCAGGCUUCCUGUCCAAGACUAAGGACCGUAUUCGCGGACUGCUCAAACUCACCUUCACCAAAGACCUGGAGAGCCAUCCUUUGAGCCACCAUCUUGGACCGGACGGCUGCUGUGACAACGUCUCCUUGCCUCAGGUCUUCACCCUCCUGGACCAACCUGGAGUCCUCACCACCGCUCAGAUCAACGGAGGCAUGGACGGCUUCGUUCUGGGGACGGAGAUUGCGUUCCCUUCAACAUCCGGACGACCUCUGAAGCUCAGUGGCAUUCUGACGGAGUAUUACUGCCACAGCCUGGAGGUCGGAGGGAUGGACGUCGCCCCCCGACUCAUUAGCCGACGACGCAGGGAAAAUUUCAGAAAGCUGGGGGUCCCGUCGAUAAGGGCCCAACAGGUGGUGAAAUCUGUGGAGAAACAGCGGAGAGUGAUGGGCCUCAAAAAGAUGGAUUCAAAGACAAAGAAGCAGCUGAUGACUCUGGUGAAGGAGGGAGUGAAGGAGUUCGUCCAGGAGUACUUAGAGUGCCCGCCCAUCAUCCCUCGCUGCAUGUGGGCCGCAAAGCCUUACAAAGGGACUCCCACCAACCUCACCCUGCCUCUCCCCUUCCUCUACAUCCACCACACCGCCACUCCCAGUGACCCCUGCCUCACCUUGCAGCAGUGCUCAGCGGACAUGAGGUCCAUGCAGCGCUUCCACCAGGACGACCGGGGCUGGGACGACAUCGGAUACAGUUUUGUGGCUGGCUCUGACGGGAACAUCUACGAGGGCCGAGGCUGGCUCCAGCGAGGGGCCCACACUCUGGGUCACAACUCUGUCGGAUUCGGGGUCUCCUUCAUCGGAGAUUACACCAGCAGGCUGCCCUCCCAGCAUGCAAUGGGGCUGGUGAGGGAUCAGCUGGCGUCCUGCGCUGUGGGUGGAGGACGACUGGAGGCCAACUUCACCCUGCAGGGCCACAGGCAGGUAGUGAGCACUUCCUGUCCCGGAGACACUUUCUACAACGAGAUCACAGGCUGGGAGCACUUCGGGGAGGUCAAGAAAUGAAAACGAUCUGCGUGUUAUAAGAGUCUUAAUGAAAUAAAA